AUCAACGGCGAUUUUUCAAAAAUCUGACCGUUGCAGAGACGUUGGAGGAGCAUUUAAACCUUGUUUGACCAUUCCAACGGAUCUCUACACCUCUUCCACUAUAUAUUGGUGAUAUCUACUCCAUUUUUACUCAUUCCAAUCAUCUCUUCUCCAUAUAUUCAUCACAAUUCAUCAUUCUUGCUAUUGUUCUUCAACUCUUAGCCAAAUCUUUUGCAAUUUUUCUCUUCUCCCUCUCUACUUUGUUGAAAUGGCAGGAGGUCAAAGAAAAAGAUCCCGCACCGGCAAGAACGUGGCUUCUCCCUCGGCUCCUCCACCACCGGUGCACCAAUACCUCGACAGAUCUUUCUUGUGGUUCAACAAAUGCGUAGAGGCGACGCGGUUCUCGGAGAAGUUUGAGCACCGGGAAAUUCUCACUCCCCGAUUCUCCACCGCCCGCUUCAUUCAUGAUUCCAUUCUACGUGAGGCACGGGUUAUCCUCGAACGUGGAAACUUCCUCGACCUCCUCUACAUCAAAAAGGCUCAUUAUCACCCUUUUCUUGUUCGAGCUUUCUACUCGAACUUGAAAAAGGAUGAGGACGGAGCGUUGAUCUCUAACAUCAACGGGGUGGACAUUUAUUUGAAUGAGGAAAACAUUCAAAUCCUCACCGGGCUUCGUCAGGACGGACAAGAUCUCGGGCUCUACGUUGGAGAAGAAGAAGCGCGGUUCAACGAGACCGCCCUCUUGGAGGAAAUUCUCAAGCCUAGGAAGUUCAAUCACACCACUCUCUCCCAGGAGGACACGAAGACAAUUCAUGCGAUGAUUCACGACGCUAAUCUCAAUUGGUGUAAAUUUGUGAUGACUCACAUGUUCACCGCCACCUCCGACAACCGGCCGCUCCCCUAUGCUCUUCUCGUCAUGGCAAUCCUUGAUGAGUUCCACAUCAAGACAGACGUCGGGCCGAAAUGCAAACGGACGAAGCAUUGGGAGAUUGAUGAGUCCUCCUUCCACCCGGGAACCGAUGAAGCUACGUUCCCGCAGCCUCGUCCUCGCCGCCAACCGAGAGCCACUGCCUCGACCGCCGCUGCUUCGACCAACCCUUCUCUUGCCGAGAAAAUGGCAGCCUUGACCGCCACUCUCUCUCGGAUUGACACCAACGUCUCCCAAACGGCCCAAAAUGUAAAUAUUUUGAGUCGAGAGCUUCACGGGUACUUUUACUUUGUCAAUUACCCUUACGCUCAAAUGGUCCCCUACGCUCCUCCACCGAAUGUUGGGGGUGCACCAAGCGGGACUAAUAAUGUUGAUGGAGAUGAAGAGGUGGACGAUGAGGAUGAGGAAGAAGAAGCCGAAGAUGAUGAUGAUGAUGGCGAUGGUGAUGAAGAUGAAGACGCUGAAGAAGAAGACAUUGGCGAAGACCAACUUCUCAAUGAUCUUUCACCGGACUUCUAGAGAUCUAGCUCUAUUCCCUUCUCUUCUUUAUUCUUUUUAUGCUUUUUAAAUUUGCUUCCGUUAUGUACUACGCUAUUUCCCUUAAUUAAUUAAUAAAAAUAUUUAUGGUUUUUGUUAUCAAAAAUCUUUUUGUUAAUGUCAAAAGGGGGAAGAUAAGGGCUAUGCAUAUAUUAAGGGGGAAUGUUUUUAAAAAUGAUCAAAACCCCAUGCAUAUCCCCGUCUUGUUUGCCAUUAUCAAAAAGGGGGAAAUUGUUGGAACACACUUUGUACGAUAAACUAAAGUCGUGUUC